UUAUGUAUGUGUAUAAUAAUAAUAAUAAAUUUUUAUUUAUACCCCGCCCUCCCCAGUCAAAAACCAGGCUCAGGGCGGCUGACACCAACAGAACCACAAUAAAACAUAAAAACAAUUAAUUAAAAUACAGAUUAAAAUACAGUAUUAAAAUUUAAAGUGCAGCCUCAUUUCAAGUAGGCCAUAAGUGGCUGACACCAACAGAACCACAAUAAAACAUAAAAACAAUUAGUUAAAAUACAGAUUAAAAUACAGUAUUAAAAUUUAAAGUGCAGCCUCGUUUCAAGUAGGCCAUAAAUCCAAGCCAUGAGGGAGAAAAACACAGGGGUCAGGCUGAGUCUAACCCAAAGGCCAGGCGGAACAGCUCUGUCUUGCAGGCCCUGCGGAAAGAUGACAAAUCCCGCAGGGCCCUGGUCUCCUGGGAAAGAGUGUUCCACCAGGUUGGGGCCAGUACUGAAAAGGCCCUGGCUCUAGUAGAGGCCAAUCUAGCCAUUUUAUGACUCGGGAUCUCCAGAAUAUUAUUGUUUGUGGACCUUAAGGUCCUCCGCGGGGCAUACCAGGAGAGGCGGUCCCGUAGGUACGAGUUAUGUUCUCUUUAUUAUGCAAAAUCAAUAAAAUUCAUAAAAAAGGAGAAUGUAACUCUGCUACGUAAAGGAACUUGCUAGCACAAGUGAGAAAGGAUAUUAAUAAACAAUACCUGUAUAUCCUCUCCUGCCACCCUGAACAUUCACACACACAAUCCAAGAAAUUGUUUACAAAAAGAAGCAACUAUAACAACCCCAUUUGGAUUUAGUUUUUAUCAGAAAUCUGCUGUUUGAGCAGAGCUGUGUUCUGGGGGGAGGGGGGACAGGGGAGAGGAAAACUUGUAAACAGGAUGCAAUUUCUGCUCCAAUAUUUUUACCAACCUACCAUGGCCUCUCUCACCACCUGGUGUUUUAGAAGGCCUCAUCUAUCAGUAUGAGACCAUCUCAUCCUCUCUGUCCUUACACAGUUACACCACUGCUUGUAAGUGUGGCAAACAGAUAAUGACAACAAGGCAAUGAGCCUCCAUUAGUCUGUCAUCUGAAGGAAAUGCACCAUGCUAAAGUUCUCCUUAACUUUCCACCACGCAGGAAUGAGGCACCUCCCAAAUAACCCUGAAGGGCUGUUAUGAAAUGUUCUCCAAGGAAGCACUCAUUACUUUUAUACUUUUUUGAUUGCCCCUCUGGACAAGGGGCAAUCCAUCCAUCCAUCCAUCCAUCCAUAUAACUUAUAAAUAAAACCCACCACUGACUCAACAGAUUUAUGUCAUUGCAUCCAUUCCUGUGCAUCUAGAAUUAGACUCUUAUGCAUUCGUCUUCCACACCCAUUAAAUUUUUUUGUUAUUAUAUUAUUAAAAAUAAGAUAUAUAAAAGUAUGGAUUCCCCUCGGAAAUGCUAAAUCCAGAAUAAAUGGGGAGAAAAUGAGGGCUUGCAUUUUCAUACAAUGACAUUGUGUUGGCCAUCCUCCAACCUCUGCUUAAAAACCUCCCAUGAAGGAGAGUCUGUCACCUUCUGAGGGAGUCUGUUCCACUGUUGAACAGCUUUUGCUGUCAAAAAGUUCUUCCUGAUUAGUCAGACUCUCUUUUCUUGUAAUUAGAUCUCCUUUCCUAGCCACUGGAUCAGGAGAAGACAAGCAUGCAUGUGGAAGCCCUUUAGAUAUCUGAAGAUGGCUAUCAUAUCUCAGAGUCUGAAAGACCCACAGAGAUGGGGCAUUCUGCCACAGGGAAUUUUAUUAGCGCCGGCCAUUUCUGAACUCUUACAGUGAGUCAAAAGAUUUCAGAUUAAAAUUGUCACUGUUGGCACUCAGAGCAUGGGACAAGAAAUUCCUUGUGUACUGUAGAUGCUUCUCAGAUGGCUUUGCAAAUGCAGUUGCUACCUGCCUGCCUGGUCUGCAAGGAGAGGGAGUCGGGUGGCAAAAAGCUCCAGCUCCUAAGGCUGCAGGAAGCUGGAGGAAAAGCUGGGGGAAGGGAAGGCGAGUCUGUCUGGUAGAAACCCUUGAAGGUAGCAGUGCCGUGCCCCCCUGCAUGAUGUCCCCCUAAAGCUGAGGUUGUCAGAUAAGACACACGCUUUGCUGUCAGUCUGCAGCAUGCACACUUCUUCAGAGACACUGAAGCAGAAGUCACCAGACCUUUAUAUAUAGUGAGGGGGGGGGUAUUACUCAGAAGGGAAGUAACAGAAUCAUAGAAUUGUAGAGUUGGAAAGGACCCCAAGGGUCAUCUAGUUCAAUCCCUUGAAAUCAGUGCCAUGUGGGGCUUAAGUGCAGAAAACGCGGGAGUUGCUGAAACUGGCACAGAGGCAACUACAGCAGAGGAAAAGGAUUAACCAUCUCUGAUGCUUCAAGUUUCACGAGUGGUCCUUUGGGACCUUCCCAGGACAGGCAGCAUCCCGCUUGGAGCUCCCUCUAGCGGGGAAUGAGGCUCUCGCUCUUCAUUGCAAUCUUAUAUCGUCUUCGCGCGUACGUUCGCUUUCUUGUUUGCUUUUUGUAGUGCGACGACCCGGAGGGAGAAGGGAAUAAAAGCGAGCGAGAGAAAGAGAGUUGGACGAAGUUGGAGGAAGAAAAGCGUCAGAGACCAGCAAGCAAAGCCUCCGAAGAGGGAACUGAGCUUUACUGCAUAAAAAUCGGACAGGCAGCAGGAAAGGAGUGCACCGAGAUCCACAAUGAUGGAAGACUUUGAGGUAGCCAUUUCUCAGGGCCAAUUGGCAGAUGCUGUGUCGCACGUGCUGGCAAAACCACUGCACUUUUUCAACAGCACUCCACUCAACGUUGCCGUAGUAGGAGAGCCCGGCUCCGGGAAGUCCUCCUUCAUCAAUGCCAUGUUGGGUCUUCAUGCUGAUGACCCUCGUGCUGCUGAGACCGGCAUACAGAUGUCAACAUUGCAAGUCAAGGAUUACCCAAACCCGACACUUCCGCAAGUGAUCCUUUGGGACCACCCCGGAAAGGGAACACCAACUUUUGGGAAGGACAAAUUUGAGAAGAAGGUUGAUUUAAAUCACUUUGAUUUCUUCGUCAUCGUCGGCUCCCAACGCUUCCGCUCCACCCAUUCUGACCUGGUCCAUGAGAUCCAAGAUAUGGCCAAGAAUUUCUACUUUGUGCGCACCAAAGCAGACCUGGACCUGUCGGCCGCCAAGAGGCAACAGCCAUCCAGCUACAAUGAAGAGAAGGUCCUCUUGCACAUCCAGGAGGACUGCAAAGAGUGCUUGGUAAGAGAAGGAGUGAGGGACCCACAAGUCUUCAUCGUCUCCAACUGGGAAGCCGACCGCUUUGAUUUCCCCCUCCUGCAGGAAACGCUGAAGAACGAUCUCUUGCGGCUGAAGAGGCAAGCCUUUCUGCACCGCUUCCCUAGCAUCUGUCUGCCUAUCUUAGAGAAAAAGAAAGCCUCUGUGAAGGAGAAGAUUUGGACCAGCAGGCUUUGUUUGCUGGUCGCUAUUGGAAGCCCAGUUCCUUUCCUUCUUCCCAUAUUUCUGUUUAAUAAGUUCCACUCCUGGUGCUUCCUAGACUUUGGCCUGAACGAUCGAUCCCUUGCAGCUCUGGCCCAGCGUGUUGGAAAGACAAGCACAGCCCUUAAAGCAGCAAUGCAGUCCCUGGGAAUGUUCUCUGCCAUUUUAUGGGUGCUGCCGGACUUGGUGGGACUCUCAGUGAUGGCUUAUGAAUAUCACCGCUGGGAGCAUUUCCCCAUCUUUGGCUGCCUUCUGUCCGGAGGGAUUUCACUUCUUCGCACCUACUUCAUGCUGCAGAAAUGCAUAUCGGGUGCUGCGGAUGACACCCAGAGGGUUCUGUCCAAAGCUCUUGAGGCAGAAGGGAAAAAGUCCAUUUAGCAGCAAAUGGAUGCACAGAUGUGGCUGCAGGGAUAGCAGUUUGCGCAAGCUUCUGUGGACUCUCAAGUCAUGUCUUGCCAACCUAGAAUAUUAUGACUAAGUGCUUGAUAGAGCAUCUGGAGAAUUAUGUGAAAGUUUUAUUGCCCUAAUGAGUGAUUUAUGGCUCAUUAGGGCUUUGCCAAACUCACGACAGUCCAGCACGCCCUUGGCAAAAAACAACAAAGUACCUUCUCCUGUUGCACAGCAGAAGCUUGUGUGACUUAGUAGCUCAUGAAUAAACUGACGAAGAACAGUUUAUUUCUCCUCUACUGGACUUUAUUUACAGAUAGAUACAGACUGACCGGGAGAGUUAGCCAGCAUGGCUUUCUCUCUCUUCCGAGAUACAUCGAAACUGACUUACAACACACAGAACAAAGAAAGAUUCUAGUAUGUAGGAACCGUAACAUGAUCCCUUCCCAGUGAUUAGGUGACACAGAGUAUACAGCUUAACUCCUUAGUGGGUACCUGCUACUCCUCACAAAUUAUACAGGUUUCCAUUUUCCACCACCAAAAGAUAUUUUAAAAAAUAAUGACCAGAUGAUCAAGUUUUUUAUUUUAAAAAUUCAAUAAAUAUUAGGCUUCUCAUUUUU